AUGAGGAAGGAACCAUCUGAGAGUUCAGAGUGUGAAAACAGUUUUGGUCUGAGUGAAAGCCAUACUUCCCAUCAAAGAACCCACACAGGCCGAAAACCAUGCCAAAGCUCAGAGUGUAGGAAAAGGUUCAGGGGUAACACAACUCCUACUUGGCAUCAGAGAAUCCAUUCAGAGGAAAAACAAUAUAAAUGCUUGGAAUGUGGAAAGCUCUUCCGCCAGCAAGCACACUUCACUGAGCAUCAGAGAAUCCACUCCAAAGAGAAACCAUAUAAAUGCUUGGAGUGUGGAAAGAACUUCACCCACAAACGAGGACUCACUUCCCAUCAGAGAAUCCACACAAAGGAGAAGCCAUAUGUGUGCGUGAAGUGUGGGAAAACCUUCCGUUCGAGCUCAUCCCUCACUUCACAUAUGAGUAGCCACACAAAGGAGAAGCCAUAUGUGUGCUUGGAGUGUGGGAAAACCUUCCGUUGGAGGCCAGCCUUCACUUACCAUCAGAGAAUCCACACAAAGGAGAAGCCAUAUGUGUGCUUGAAGUGUGGGAAAACCUUCCGUUCGAGGUCAUGCCUCACUUCCCAUCAGAGAAUCCACACAAAGGAGAAGCCAUAUGUGUGCUUGGAGUGUGGGAAAACCUUCCGUUUCAGUGGUAACCUCACUUCCCAUCAGAGAAUUCACUCAGGGGAGAAACCGUACCAGUGCACAGUAUGUGGGAAAUGCUUUAGUCAGAGACCACACCUUACUUCCCACCGGAGAACCCAUUCUGGAGAGAAACCCUAUCAGUGCCAGCAGUGUGGAAAAGGCUUCAGUCAGAGCUCACACCUGAAAGUACACCUAAGAAUCCACAUGGGAGAGAAGCCGUAUAAAUGCUUGGAAUGUGGGAAGAGUUUCACUUCUAGCCAGUACCUUAAAGUACACAAAAGAAUCCACACAGGGGAGAAGCUGUAUAAAUGCAUGGAAUGUGAGAAAAGCUUCAAUCAGAACUCAAGCCUUAAUCUACAUCAAAGAAUCCACACAGGGGAGAAGCCGUAUAAAUGCAUGGAAUGUGGGAGAAGCUUCAUUUGCAGCUCACACCUGACUAUGCAUCAAAGAGUCCACACAGGGGAGAAGCCGUAUAAAUGCAUAGAUUGUGGAAAGAGUUUCACUUCUAGCCAGUCCCUUAAAGUACACAAAAGAAUCCACACAGGGGAGAAGCCGUAUAAAUGCAUGGAAUGUGGGAGAAGCUUCAGUUGCAGCUCACACCUGAUUAUACAUCAAAGAGUCCACACAAGAGAGAAGCCAUUUAAAUGCAUAGAACGUGGAAAGAGUUUUGGCGGCCGUUCACAACUUACAUCGCACAAGAGAACUCACAUGGGAUAA